UGAACUAUGGCUUCAGGAUUGUUUCUUUUGAAACAACUUUUGGGGAAAUGUGGGAACCGUAGUGUGGUUAGUGGUGUUGAAUCUCUCCGAUCCUUUCCUAAUUCCAUGUCCUCGCUUGUAUACCCUGUUUCACAGUCUUAUCAUUAUUUGUCGACUAGUAACAACAGACUAUUCUCUGCAGUACCUUCGGAGGAGAAGUCCAAUAAGGAAGUAAAAGGCACAGCUCAAGAAACUUCUAAAGAGAAUACUUCUCCGGCCACUUUACAGGAUAGUUUUGGCUUUCAACUCAAAACAGGAACACCGGAUAGAAUGCCAUCCUCAUUUGAUCAAGCCACGGGAAGUGAAAGAGCAGAAUUGGAAGAUCCCGAUUUGUAUCGCAAUCCUGAAAAGUAUGUGAACAGUAGAGUAAUGAUUGCUCCUUUUGGUACCAAAGAAAAGCCUCUUUUGAUUCCUAGUCGUUAUGAUUCACGCAUAAUUGGUUGCACUGGAAGAGAAGCACCCAAUGAUCAUGAAGUUUAUUAUAUGACUGUGAAGGAGAAUCAUGACAAAGUUUGUCCAUUAUGUGGUCAAGUAUUUCGUCUCAAGAAAGUAGCUGGAGGUGAAGAAGCCUCACAUCAUCAUCAUGAAUAGAUGUAUCCGUUGUUGUAUGGAAAAUCGACCUCGUUUCAACUCAAGAAAUCAUUCAGGUUUCUUUUCUAAAGUGAUAAUAAAAUAAUUUCUGUUUUA